GGAGGCAGUGGCAACUUGUCGCAAGGCAUUGGUAAGUUGGUAACUCAGUGACUGUGGGGGAGUGUCUACCGUAUCGUAGCGCCGUAGUGGCAGUCUGGAUUAGAGCAAAACACUACAUUGUGGAAGUGUUGAGGUGGGAGCAGCAGUGGUUGGUUGAAGAACGGGCGGAGGAACACGGAUAUCGAAAGUCAUUCCCCAGAUGAUGGUUAUAUAUUAGCAGCUGAUCACAAGAAAUCCAAGCAAGAUGAUGCAGUUUAUGCUGUUAUUCAGUCGGCAAGGGAAGUUGCGCCUGCAGAAGUGGUAUGAGGCACAUCCAGAUAAGUUAAAGAAGAAGAUCACCCGAGAAUUGAUAUCCACUAUCUUGGCAAGGAAGCCCAAGAUGUCCUCCUUCUUGGAAUGGAGGGAUCUCAAGAUUGUGUACAAGAGGUAUGCAUCUCUGUACUUCUGCUGUGCCAUUGAGCAACAGGACAAUGAACUUCUUACACUGGAGGUGAUCCAUCGCUAUGUUGAGCUACUUGACAAAUACUUUGGCAGUGUUUGUGAGUUAGACAUCAUCUUCAACUUUGAAAAAGCAUACUUCAUGCUGGAUGAGCUCAUGGUGGGCGGGGAAGUGUGUGAGACGAGCAAGAAGAAUGUACUGAAGGCCAUAGCUGCGCAGGACCUGCUGCAGGAGGAUGAGGCAGUGGAGGGGGCGCUGCGCGAGAUUGGGCUGUACUAGUGUGUGCAGCUGCAUCAGUAACCCUCCCCUCUGCUCCUCCCUUCCCUUGAUUGUCAGCCGAGGUGUCUUUUGUUAAUGAUAUUAAGGUGUGAACCAGUCCAUAAACAGCCAUGUAGUUGCUGCCAUGAAAAUGAAAUUCUGACUGCUGUUAGCUAUUAGUGAGCAAACAUUUAUGAUCAGAGAGCAUCAGAGAAGCAAAGUUUGAUGCCACGCCUAGAAAAGGAAUAAUCAUUGUUCUGCAUAAUUUUCUUCCUAGUUGGAUGACAGUGAAGCCUCUGAGUGUUCUUUAAUAAUGGAGGUGAAAUCUUAAAAAAAAUAUGCAUAACACUGCUGAGACUUUAGAUCUUUGUUCUUUUCUGUGUAUCUUUGAAUCUACCAUAAAUUCCAGCAAACUGUAUGAGCUUAUAUAGAAUAAGAGUUGAGUUGGCCUUAGUCUUUGAGCUCAAAUAGUAGGUGUAGGUCAGUGUCUGAUGGUGAAGUUGAUACAAAACUUGGAGCAUUGGGAUGAAUUUCCAUUCAAUCCAUGUCAUGUUUGCUAUAUCUAAAGCUAUACUCAUAAUGCACUCAAUAAUGAUUAUUUAGAUUAAUUCAUAUUAUAGGAUAUUGCAUGCCAUGGUUACUUAGCAUGACCUGCCAUAUUAUAAUGAAUACAAUUAUUGAUACUGUUACUUGUUUCUUAUUAGUGUAUCAUGAAGCACCUCCUGGUGGUAUCUGUGAUUAAGGUAUAUAUACAUACAUAAUUGAAUAUGAAAAGUACUUUAAAAAUAAUUGAAGCAAAACUAUACUUAAUACACAAGGUAAUAAUGGGACCAUUGAGUUUACAUCCAGUAUAAGAUGGUGAGUGAUUUUAGUGAAGUUAGUGCUCUGUAGGAUUUCUAUUAGUCAAGCUCCAAUCUGUCUUGUUUGUUGGAAUUUAUGGUAUUGUAUUCAGAGACUGGACAGCUCGGUUUUCUUGUCUUUUGAAAUCUUAAUAUCUUUCAUGCUAUAUAGUCAUCAUUAUGUUUGAGUUACUCUUGUACUAGUGUGUGUGUGUGUGUGUGUGUGUGUGUGUGUGUGUGUGUGUGUGUCUGUGUUAUUGAUUUCAAGGGAAAAUAUCUUGUGUGUUUUGGUCAGUUUUCAUGUGUUGUGGGUAUAAUCAUUAGUAGUUUAAAUGGCUUAGGAAGUAUUGUCUCAAACCUAUAUGGCCAACAAAAAAUUAAUACCAGUGGUAAAUAUGAACUUACCACAAUCUGGUAAGAAAUUGUGAUGCACAAAUAGUAAAAGUAUUUAGGAAAUCUUUUGUUGAUCAGCCAUCAAAAAUAUCAAAGAUUAACUGUGUACAUUGUUAUGCAUUUUCCAUGAUUGUUUUGGUUUGGAACACAACUUCCUUCUCCAAGUGUACUACCUACUUCUCUUUACAUACAUUACAUGUAUAUGUUGAAUUAUCUACAGCCCAUGCAGUAAGGGACAGCACAAUCAGCCUAACCACUGGAUGGCAGUGUUGUGCUGUUUGCUGAUCAUACCAUAUUCUCAUUUUUGUGUUACAAGAACUGCUCACUCAUCUAAAUAUCUUAACAACAGUGGUCUCUUUCUUUAUUUCAUGUUCAGUUAAGAAAAUACAGAAAAAUAGCUUGUGCUGUUAGUCUGGUAGCAUUCCUUAGAAGGAUGGCUAAAAAUACAUUUACCUAGAUUUUUAAAA